CCAACAAAACCCUAAUUUUGCAGAAGGCAGAAGGUACAAACCGAAAAUAACUUGGGUCAGACGCCCAACGCCGAGUGCGAGAGGUUUGGCACUCCAUUACCCUCCACCACCACCAUCACCAUCACCAUCACCAUCAAACGGUUCUUCCAGAUCUGUGUACACAGUUAGGGUUUUGUAACCACCUGUUUGGGGGAACCCCCAAUUUCCAUUUUCAUAUUCAUUUUCUUUGGAAUUCAAACCUUUCUUUCAGUCCUUUGCUUUGCUUUGAUUGGGGUAGUGAGAGUGGUAGUGAUUAGCGUUCUCUAUCCAUGGACGGAAACUCGGGCGGCGGCGGAGGAGGAGGAGGUAGCGGAGGCAAUAACAAUGACGUGGAGCUGCUGUGUAAAACCUUGCAGGUGGAGCACAAGCUGUUCUACUUCGAUCUGAAGGAGAAUCCUCGGGGACGAUACCUCAAGAUCUCUGAGAAGACCUCUGCUACCAGGUCCACAAUCAUAGUCCCCUUCAAUGGUAUCUCCUGGUUCUUAGAUCUCUUCAAUUACUACGUCAAUUCCUCCUCCGAUGAUCAGGACAUCUUUAGCAAAGAACUCCAGCUCGACACCAAGGUGUUUUACUUUGACAUUGGCGAAAAUAGAAGGGGUCGCUUUUUGAAGGUGUCUGAAGCUUCUGUUAGUAGAAACCGCAGCACUAUUAUUGUUCCAGCAGGAAGUGCCCGGGAUGAAGGGUGGGUAGCGUUCAGGAACAUCUUGGAAGAGAUUAAUGAAUCAUCAAGCCUUUUUAUACUGCCCAAUCAGCAAAAAUCUGAGACCUCAGAGCGCCUUGUUGGGCUAUCAGAUGAUGUGGGAGCUGGCUUUAUAUCAGGGCACAGUUCCCAACCUGCCCCCGCAUCUGAAUUGAACGUAGACAGGUCAGUUGAUUUGCCUCCACCAGAUGAAAUUGGUAACUUGGCAGUAUCAAAGGUGAUCAGGGCUGAUCAAAAGAGGUUCUUCUUUGAUCUUGGGAGCAAUAACAGGGGGCAUUUCUUAAGAAUUUCCGAGGUUGCUGGUUCUGAUCGCUCCUCCAUCAUUCUCCCGCUUUCAGGGCUGAAGCAGUUUUAUGAAAUGGUGGGUCACUUUGUAGAGAUCACUAAAGAUCGAAUUGAAGGAAUGACCAGUGCCAAUGUUAGGACACUGGACCCUCCUCAAAGAUGAAUGCUAGGACUUGCGGGUUUGGUGUGAUAAAUUGCGAACAAUGAAGGGUUUUCAGAUCCACAUGACUGUUUGUUUGACUAUGGGUUGCAGUAAUGAUCUCAUUGUGUUUAGUUGUUUUAUUUCUCGUUAUUUUAGGUUGCGUAAGGAGAGAAUAUUUGCGAAGCUUGAUUUCAAAUAGAAAAUAAUGGAGAAAUAAACAAGCCAUGAUGUAACUGUCAGUACAUUAGGGUGGCAUAUUAUUCGUCUAUAUCUACAAUAAUUGUCAAUAUGUAGAAAUUAAAACAAAUAAUGCAGGUUCGUUUUCAAGCAUUUUUAUGUAUUGUAAUUGUGUUAACUUGCUUAUUUGGAAGGUGAGGUUUA